CUGUGUUUGUUCAUUUGUCUCACUGUCGUGUUAUUGUGGUUGCUGGUCACUGGUCAUUUUUAUUUCUAUUUUUUAAUGAAAGAAAGAAUGCAGCUAUUCCUCUGAUUCCUAUCUGCCUUGUGAUAGGGCUCGUUUUAUAGACAAGCACAAUGGACGUUCAUAAAGAAGUGAGGAAGGUCUUUUCUGAGCUUCAGAAUGGUCAUGGCAGCAGCCUCUAUGGUGCCCUCAUCAUGCUGCGCUCCACGCUCAUCAAGUCUCGCCCUGCCAUGCAACAACUGAUAGAGGGUGGAUUCAUCAAACUGUUGCUGCAGCUUCUGGAGGACAGAGCCAGACAUGUGAACAAAGUCAAGACAGCAGACAUUAUUAUGAGCACCUUGGCAAAUGUGUGCAUCGAGGAGAGUGUAAGAGAUAAGGUUGUUGCUUGUGAUGGUAUUGCUGUUAUUGUGCGAGUGGCGAAGGCGUCGGAGGAGGCCAGCAUUCACAACCGUGCCAUUCGAGCGCUGGCCAACCUGGCGCAGGAGCGGGCCAACUGCGAAGCCAUUCUCGACCUUGAAGUGCCCUCGUUUGUGGCCAACCAGCUGAUGGUGGUGCAGGAUGUAGAGUGUCAGUCUACCUACUGCAGAGCCCUAAGGCUGUUGGGGCAGACGAAGGAUGACGUCAAGAGGUUGGUUGAGGAGAGUCAGGCAGUGCAAGCCGUGGCUGGGUUGAUCAAGGGAGACAACAAGAAAAUUGUGUUGAAGAGCUUGAGAAUGUUGGCAGAGUUCAGUGCUCUCAGGUGUUGUCCAGGCUUCACAGGUCAAAUCCUGGCAGCAAAUGUCCUGGAAGAGCUGGUGCAUCUGUCGGAGGACAAGGAGGACCAGGAGAACCAGGACACGUCCCGUCUGUCGCUGUCCCUCCUGCUGAGGCUGUGUGAGCACGAGAUCAUCAGACCCGCGCUCGGCUCAGCCGGGUUCAUCGCCCUGAUGGUGAAACUCCUCCACAAGGCAGAAGACGGUGGCUCACAGGGUGUCAACGUGGUCGCGGUUCUCAAUGCCUUGUGUCUGUGCUCGAAGGAAGCGGUGAAUCGAGUGAAGAUCCGUGACACAGAGGGCUUGGAAGUGAUGCUAUCUGCCCUCAGGGGUGGGGAAGGGGAAGGGGAGAGUUUGGCGGAGGGACGGUUUGCUGUGCUGUAUGAUCGGAUCAUCAGCUCCUUGGUGAAUUUUUUGUACAAUGACGACUGCCUGUUGCACCUGCAGGAGCUGGGCCUGGUGAGGGUGCUCCUGAGCCACUUGAAGCGAUGCUGCCAGUUCGAAGCUCAGGAAGACGACUUUAGAAAACAGACAGCAGAUCUGGCUAUGGCUUUGGUGAGAGAUUUGGAAAGUGAAUGUAAAACUCUUUCUGGAGUGACGAUGACUAAUGAAGUUGAAGGAGAAAUAUGUGGAGCAGAGGAACUGUUGGUGCAUGGUAAGAAUUCCAGUGCCGCUGAUGAGCUCCAUGAGGAUGCUGUGAAUGCGGAGAUAGGCUGUGAUGAUAGCAGAUCUGUUUCUGAAAAUUGUGUAGAAGGUGAGGUUGCUAAAGAGAUAACGAGAAGUGAAACCACAGAUGUGAGUGAUCUUGUAAAUGAAGAUAAACUCUCAAGUGAUGAGAAUGUAGCCAAUAAUGUAGAGCAGCCCAUGAGAGAGUUUGAGGAAGUUCCGGUAGGCUCCUUGAGUCGUAAUGACCGCGAUCCUCUUCUCAUUGACAGUGACCGAGCGGUGGAUGAUGGGGCGGAGGUUGCGGUGGAGACUGUUGACAGUGACCACCAUGAUCAUGGGCAGCCUGGCCCAGGUCCCAGCCGUCACGUGUUCAGCAUCAACAGCCCCAGCUACCAGUCGGAGACCUCGUGGAGACUGGAGGACUACACACAGGGAGUCACCUGCAAGAACUUUGCCUCUGACCACAGUGCUGUGGGGCAACAACCGUUUCUUCAGCCCUCCUCUUCCCACCCAGCCCAGGAGGGGGCGGGCUACCCUUCCCCGUACAGCCCUCUCAGCGCCAAUGUGUCCUACUACUCCCCCUCACAGUCCUCUCCUUCCUACGCACAGUCCUCCCCCUCACGGUCCUCUCCUUCCUACGCACAGUCCUCCCCCUCACGGUCGUUUACCUCCAGCCCAGCCCGGUCUACUGUAGAUCAGUUCAGCCCGGACUGGACAAUAUCCAGCCCAGGCCAUCAGGCAGCGGUUUUCAGCCCCUUUCGGGAAUUUGUCAGUCAGAGUCCCAAUUCUCCAGGGGACGCCGGUUAUAGCACCAUCCAGAUCAGUCUCGAGGGUAAUCCGGUCCCUGUGAGGUCAUCCAUAAGCUCCAUAGACAGAGAGUGUCGAGAACCGCCCAGCCCUGUGUUCAACUCCCAGAUGUCGCUGAUGAGCCAGUCCAGCGUUGUGGACUCUGUGACGUUCCCCAACAGUCCUCACCAGACGGCUGUGUUCGAGGACCAGAUGGCCCAAGAGCUGAUGUCCACGCAGCAUGGCGCGGGUCCCUCACGUGCUCAGUUUGUCAUCGUGCCUCUGUCGCAAGAAUCAGAGCUUUCUGCGCAGAAUCCAGUCUACUCAGCUUCAGAAGAUGAUGAUGAAGACGAAGAUGAUACAAAGGUGAAUGAGAACGCUGAUGGUACUAAGAAAACACAACAGGUAUUUAGUUUGAACGAGGGGCCUUCAGUUGAAGCUAUGUCAUCUUCCUCCUUUUGCCAAAGCCCGAAGAACACUGCUUUCAGUAGUGACGAGAUGAGCAGAAUUCCACCGAGUCUGAAGGAAGGAGAAAAGGCAAGUGAGGCUUGGUACUCGGUUCCAGUUGCUGGUGCCUCCAGUUUUGAAGUCACUUGUGAGACAAGUGAAGAUGUGAGCCGGAUUGGCUGUGGAGAAAAAUGUAGAGAUUCAGACACACUGCACAAUCUGAAUGACUCAAAGAUUGGCUCAGAAACAAAUUCUCCUAAACCCUUUAUUGAAGUCUACUUAGGGGAAACCAGUCCUAAACGCAGGAGACUGGAAGAGAGUGUGAUUUCUAAUGUUGUUGGUGGUUCUGGUGAACUGCAGGAUGUUGCCAGAAACAAUCGUCAGCCAAGUCUUGGAUUUAAUCCUUUAAGAACUGAUGUUUUGACUGGUGGGGAUGAUGACACGCAAGAACAAAUGGAAGUGAUGAUGUCAGUUAGUGAAACCCCGCCCUCAGGACAGCCAGCGAAGGCAGAUAGUUCUCAGGAGUUGAAAAAUCAUCCACAGUCUCGUGUACUGGAACUGUCGAGGUCUCUCUCGUUUGAGACGUCGCAGGUUGCUUCCACAUCUAGUGGAGUUCAGUUCCACCGCAUGUCAUCAUAUCCAGGAAAAUUGAAGAGACCGGUGUCUUCAAAAUCUGGGGCGAGCACCAAGCAGCUGGGGGUGCGGUCAGCCAUGUCCUCUCUGGCUUCUACAUCUCCGUUCUCCAGACACGGAUCUUCCUCCCCAUUUUAUUCAAACAGCCCGUACCGCUCGCCCAUGCCAGAACCUUUCAGUAGUCCACACCCCAAUGAGCCAGAGCUAGACCCAUUGAGAGUUAAGACGAGUGAGUCGCCCACAGUGUCGUCAGAAGCCUUCACCGAGACAGGAGAGCAAGGAAAGGUGAGGGCAGGCGAUGUAGAGGCUGUGGACCAGGCUACCGUCAGUGGCAGGUCAGAGGUGUCUGCGGUAAAGAGAGUUUCAGAGGAAAGUGUUAACGGGGCUGCAGCAAGUGACAAGAAAGAUUCGAGAAAUCCUGUCGUUGCUGGUUCUUCCUCCUCAAGGGCAGAGUCCAGGUCUAGUGCAGUUCAAACCAGCGAUGCUAGAACGAGAUCUAUGGUUCAAGUCAGCGAAAGGGUCCAAAAAAUACUCAGAAUAACAGAGUCCAAUAUUUUGAUCCUUUUGUCUCGACUCUCAGUAAAAACCUACCCUAUUGCCCUUGUGGAGCCUGAUGUCUUUUGCUGCCUCUUGAGUUACCUGCGCUUUGCCCCCAACCCCAUGCCCAGGUGUGUGAGAAUCCUGCAUCGCCUGCUGGGCCACCCUCUCUGCUUUCACUCCUUCCUCCUCAUGCAGGCUCCUGGCUUGGUGUUCAAGUACCUCGUUCUGGAAAGGGACGGGCUUCUGCCUCGCUCGUUUUUCUCGAGAGAGCCGGGAGAUAACCGCAGCUUGCGGCAGAGAGUUGGCCUGCACUUCCUGGGCCUCGACACUCAUGAGGUAAGCGGUUCUCAAGCCUCGGACUUCGGGAAAAAAAUGGACUUUGAGUUUGGCGGUGAUGCUUACAGUAAGAUUAUGUCUCCAUCAUCUGCUGGGUCACUGUUCCGAGGUCGGCCAAGUCUCUCGGAGGACAGCCAGUCGGCCAGAGACGGCUCAGCAGCAGAUACCACGGAACCUGUGGGUGAAGCCAGCCGAGCCUUGAACUGCCACAGCAACGCCCUGAAGUUUGUCCACUAUCUGUGCAACACUGCCGUCUCCAAGUACGGGGAGGGUGAGAUCAAACACGUGCUGACUAUGGGCUCCGUGCAGGACCAGCUGUCAUGUAUCAUCAGUCUACUGUACUUGCCAGUCGCUGGUAUUGAUGGGAUGCGGGAGGUGUUGCUGAAAAAGUACCCUCUGUUUGACACAGCCCUGGCUUGUCUGUUCAUGGCCACAGCACCAACGACCCGGGAGGCCAUUGUAGUGGCCUUGACCCUGCUGGUGGGUAUGGAGGAGCCGAGCAAACUACUGAGUGGCCGACCGCAGCUACAUGCAUGUCCCGACACCGAGGACGUGUUGGGGGACGCAACCUCACAGCAACAACAACAUCAGGAGAGACAAACGCUGCCAAAGAACUUGAGAGAUCCUUUUGUUUUUUUCAAAGAAUCGUCCAGAACACGUAAUAACAGCUCUCUUGUUCUUCUCGCCAAGGUAAAAACCCUCCGGGAGCUGUGCUGUGGUCAGGCGAGGCCCCGUAGCAAGGUCACUCAAAGAAGCAAGGGAAAUCGUUCAGAAGCAGUGGAGGGGGCUUCCCUGUGUGUGUACCAAACUCUCAGUGACGAUUUUGACACUCGCCUGGUUGUGGAGAACGGAGCAACGCUGUACUUCUACGCCAACAGACAGGUGCUCGUCAGGAAGUCAGCUGUCUUCGCCGCUAUGCUCAGCGGCAUGUAUAAAGAAUCCCACAAGUCUGACAUUGUCAUUUCUGAUGUCAAUCUUUUUGGAUUUGAAUUUGUGAUACACUACCUCCACGGCUGCAGCUCAGGCUGUCCAGUCAUUGACUCCCUGUUGCCUAAGGGUCUGACCUCCUCGACCGAACAAGUUGGCCAUUCUCGAACAGCGCGACAAAGUGCGAAUAUUUCACAACCAAAACAAGCACAACAGAGUGCGAAUAUUUCACAACCGAACAGAUCGGAAUUAAAUGUUCUACCUUCCAGUUCAAGCGGUAUAGACUCACAAACAGAAGAGACACCUUCGUCUGCUCACGACAUUCCAUGCUUCUCAGGAACAGCUUCAGCCUCAGAAAUGUCUACCAUCUCAUCACCGUGUGCAGUCAUCUCCAGUUCCAGCAGAAAACAGCUUCAGGACUUUAGUGCCAAACUUGCUGUGUCGGAGGACUCUCUUGACAGCCUCAGCCUGGGAGAUAAGAAUGACGUUACCCCGCCCGACUCUAUCGCCAUGGACACGCAGGGUAGCAGAGACAACGGUCAAGGUAUCGACGAGGGCGGAGCGACGGAAACGGGCACAACUGAUAAUGCGACUUUGAGCACGGAGGCCGCUGAACUGAAAGAGCUGGAAGAUCGAGUAGACAUGUGCGCUGAUCUCCUUGCGGUGGCCGACAGGUUUUUGUUGGACGACCUCAUGGACUACGUGGGCUGGGUCCUUUCUUACAGCUGUCUGCAUCCCCACACGUGCUUCGCCGUCUUCCAACUGGCGUGUUUCUACAAGCUGGAGCUAGUUGCUGUAGACUGCGCCCGAGAGUCCUUCACGUCCGACAUUCAGCCCUGGGAAGUUGCCUCCAUGUACGAGGAGCUGGCAGCCUGUGGCUACAGAGACGCAGCCAGAACGGCGUUAGCGCGACUGCUCUUAUCCUGUGAGGUGUGAAGAGUAGACUAUAGUUAACUCUUGUCCUGCUUCUUGUGCCGAGAUGCGAAUCUUAUCAGCAACCUAUUAAGAAGACGGGCGUUCUGGGCGGGCCGCCGGGGUCACUCAGCGUGUACUGUUGGUGUACAGCAAGCGCGCCUGGAAACGUGGGUUUUUGCCAUCAUGAAUACCAUGGGAGUGUGUUAAUCGAUGAUGAAAAUAACCCUCUAUCUUUUAUACCUUUCUAUUUAUAAAGUGUUACGAACACAUGAAUAACCCCCUCUCAUAAGCUGAUAAGACAUUACGAGUAGUUACACCCAUUCGAAUUACCUUUUUAGACGCUCUUGUUGUUAUGAAUGAUCUGGGGUUCAAAAAGGGAUGAUAAUAGGUCAAUUUCUGAAUGUUUUGCUCUCAAAUUGUUCUUUUUACCGGCACACUGGUACUGGUAUUCCAAGCUAUCAAAUAAGCUUCUUUUUAUCAGAUAGUAUCAUUUCAUACGAAAUCAAGCUCAUUUGAAAGAUUUUGUUUCGAUAGAAAAAUGGAAGUCUUGUUUCCCGAC